CAUGUCCCCUUUGCUGCCACAAGGGUGUGAGCGCUACAGUGGCCGUGUGGUGUCCAUGAACUCAGGCAGUCACUGCUGCAGCAGCGGCACCUGGAGGGCCGUCGCGUUUAUUGGGCCCUGGGCUGGCUCUGGUGGGGAGGUGGCGGCUCCUGAGUCUCAGGGCAGGGUCCCCGCUGACACCUGAGGGCGCAGGGGUGGGGCCCUGGGAGUGAGCUCUGCAUGUGGAGUCCGUGCUGAGAGGGAGCGUCGCCUGAGGCUCCAGGGGUCCUGGAGGGCUGCUGAGCUCUGAGCUGCGCCCUUCACUCUCCCAGCAGCAGCCAAGGGCGGCACCGGGGAGGGAGACUGACAGGCUUCCUCUCCCUCCUGUCCAGAGGCCCCCAGGGAUCUUCCGUGGGAACUGCAGGCUGCUGGAGCGGUGGUGGCCCGGGUUGCCACCACCGAGCGACAUGUGCUAUUGGGGGAUUGGACGGUGCCUUCUGUGAGCUGGUCCAGUGCGCCUGUCCCGCGGGGCCCUGCAGCCUGAAGGUGGAGGUCCCCUCCUGUGCGGUGGGGCCACUGCGCUCUACAGAGGACCUGGCCCCCGAGCUGCUUCCCAGGACAGAUGUCACCACGGGGGUCCCCAUCCAGGCAGCCGCAUCUGCUCAGACCAGCAUCCCGACCUCACAGCCUGCCUUCUUGCCCAGAAGCCCUGGGCCCUGAGGACGCUGUGGAUCCUGUCGCCCCUCGCUUCCCACAAGCUGAUGCUCAGGCACUUCCGAGUCUGCGGUUCCGGGUUCAAAUCACUCCUGAAGCCGCUCUGUGUCUGGUGAUGGACUUCGGGGAUGGUUCUGGGGUUCAGAUGAGGACCCACCGUGCUACUGGGGACGUGACUGUUACCUCCUUCCACCGGUACAGAAGAGACGGUGUCUACGCGCUCCAGGCGGUCCUUUACAGCGAGUCUCAUGGGGCUGAGGUGCGACUUGGGCCUUACUACGUGGAACUGGGCCCCGAGGCCACAUCUGUGUUCCUGAAUGCCAGCAGUGUCCUCAGGGGCCCCAUGUGUGCCUUCGGGGGCUCCCCCACGGAUCCGAGAAGCACCACCGUUUCCCACCGUUUUCCACCCACUUCCUCCUGUAACGUGUCCUUCGCCUUGCAGACCCACGUGGGGGGCAGGCGGGCCUGGUCCAGCGUGGCCGUGCGAUAUCGGAUGCAGCCCGUCUCUGUCUACACCAAUGGAACUGUGUUUGCCACUGACACCGACAUCACUUUUGUGGCCGUUACCAAGGAAACCACCUUCCUGGAGUUCACGUGGUUCUUCGGAAAAGACCUGCCCGUGAGGACAAGGCGCAGGAGCAUCCAGAGAAGGCUCGGUGCCCCCCAGUGGUACCACGUGAUGGUGCAGGCUUCCAAUGGAAUGGGCAGCGUGGCCUCGGAGCCCCGCCGUGUCCAGGUGCAGAGGAGAGUGGUGGCCAGCGGACUCGUGGCCGCGGACUCGGCUCUGGUGAACGCUCCCGUGACCUUCCAGUGCAGAGUCAGCUUCGGCACCGACGUGGCUUACCGCUGGGACUUUGGGGACGGCACUGGUGGCCGGGGGAACAGCUCCGCCAGCCACGUCUACAGCAGGGAAGGAGAGUUCACGGUUGAGGUCAUCGCCUUCAAUGCCGUCAGCGCCGUCUCCCUGAAGAAGCGCCUUUUCGUCGUGCGCAGGCCCUGCCAGCCGCCCCCUGUGAAGAACAUGGGGCCGGGGCAGGUGCAGGUGUGGCGGUCCCAGCCUGUGACACUGGGAGUGACCUUCGAAGCCGCCAUUCUCUGUGACAUCUCCCAAGGCCUCUCCUACAGCUGGAGCCUCGCCAACUCCGCGGGGUUGCCGGUGCCCCUGCCUCCUGCCGUCAGCACCCACAGGCAGACCUUCACUGUCCCCCACUACUUCCUGGAACCCGGGAACUACACUGCGCUGGCCCAGGUGCAGGUGCGAGGCAGUCCCGUGCACAGCAACUACUGCGUGGGAGUGGAGGUGCGCGCCCGGGCGCCUGUCAGCGUGAUCUCCGAGGGCACACACCUGUUCGUCCCCAGGACCCCCUUGUCUACCAUGGUCCUCAGGGGGUCCCUGUCCUACGACCCCGACAGGCCCGGGGCCACUCUUAGGUAUCACUGGGCGUGCACCCCAGCCAGUGCCCCCGGGCGCCCCUGCUUCGCUGGGCCCUCUGCACGCAGCCUGGAUGCCGGGGCGCCCACCCUGUCCUUCGCAGUGGACUCUCUCAGCAGUGACUACGACCAGUUUCUUGUGACACUGACGGUGUCCAGCCACGGCCGGAACUCUUCUGAGGCGCAGGUGUUCCUGUCCACCCUCCCCGACAUAGCGCUCAGGCGUGUGCACAUCUCCUGGGAGACAUUCCGAGGCAUCCCUGUGAACUGGAACGAGGAGCUUUCGCUGCGGGCGGCUUGUGAAGACUGCGGGGAGGCGGCCCUCUCUUACUCCUGGGACCUCUUUUUGGUCAACGCGACAGGAAGGGACAAAGAGGAAGUUCCCUUUUGCAGAACCGUGGGGCUUCUGGGCUCCUCAGGAUUGGGGUCUGUGUCGAAGCUUUCCGAGUCCUACCCACGGUCCCUGGGGCCACGCAGGGCAGAGCCCCACUCCACGCCUGUGCCGUUCACACGGGAGCCAUGGCCCUGGACCCUGGGCUGGGCUGACCUCUCAGCCACGGGGAGAGCCUCUGCGGAGUCCACGGUCCCCGCACCCCAAGUUCCCGCUGCUGGUGACCCUGCGGCCCCAGAAGGGGAUCCCUGGGACGAGGGGUCCCCGGGGAGCCCAACCCCUCACCCCCCUGACUUUGAGGCCUAUUACAGUGACGUCCAAGAAGCGGUGCCCUCGAGAGGACGGCAGCCGGCUGCCUGGACCAGCAUGCACCUCUCAGCGUUGGGACCCGGUGCCAAUGAGGACGAGAGCCGUGGGGAUGGGGAUAACCUGGUGGGCCCCUUCCUCCCGACCGCCAGUGCCCGGCCUGCACUCCUGGUCGACUGGCCCAAGUCCCCCGUGAGCCGAGCUGUUUUUCAGGGCUACACCACGUCCGGGAUCACGGGACAGACGGUGACAGUGAAGCCGUACUCACUGCGCCCUGGAGAGACAUACGUCCUGCAGGCAGCGGUGGCUUCGGGGCACAGCUUUCUAGGGAAGGCUCAGCUGUAUGUGACCAUCAACCAGGCUCCGCGGGACGUGGCCUGCCAGGUGCAGCCCCACCGCGGCCUCGAGGCAGACACUGUCUUCAGCGUCUUCUGCACGUCGGGGAGACCGGACUUCCGCUAUGAGUUUGGUUACCAGAUAGGAAACGCCUCCAAGUACACCCUGUACCGUGGGGCAGACACCCAGCACUACUUUGCACUGCCAGCUGGGGAGCCCGUGGACGGUUAUCAAGUCCUGGUGUCCACUGUGAUCACCGAUGGUGACGGCUCCCAGACGCAGCCCUGUGCCGUGGCCGUGACUGUGCUGCCCCGUCUCCAUGGGGACCGCUGCCCCGGCGAGGAUGUGUACAAUGCUAGCCUGAGGAGCCUCUCCACCCUCCAACAGAUGGGCAGUGACACGGAAAUCAGGAACUACGUCGCCGUGACCACCGGGGUCCUGAGUCGCUGGGCUAGGGAGGGCGGGAGCCCCUCCUGUGGCCAGUGGUCCCGAAUCCAGGACGCGUUCAUUUCCUCAAUCUGCAGAUUAGCUUCCCAGGACCAGGAGGAAGCGGCCGACUCUGUCCUCCUGCUGAGGGACCUGCUGCGCUUCCCCAACAAGAUGAGCCUCGCAAGCGCUCUUCUCAUCCUCGACUGCGCGCACACGCUGCUGGCCCCCAGCCGGAGCUCGGGCCGCCUGCUGGAGGAAGGUGCUCAGGCCAUCGCAGACGUGCUGCUGGGCUGCCUGUCCUCACGCGGCGAGCACCGGGUCCACGUGAGCGCCGGGCAGACGGAGGCCCAGGCGCAGCUUUAUCGCCACCCUCAGAGCUCCGAGCAGAGCCUGGGCCCCGUCCAGGUGCGCCUCCCUGCAGACCUGGCUGGGCGGGAGCCCAGCCCUUGCUACGCGAGCCAGCUCCUGCUCUUCAGGAGGAGCCCCUUCCUACAGGGACGCGCUCCUGGCCAGGUUGGUACUCUGCUGGCCCUGUCCCUGCACCGCUGCUCCAGCCGAAGGCCCCUGCACAGGCCACGGCUGAGGACGCCCGUGACCACGGAGUUCGGGGAGGAAGAUGGCCCGGGUGACAGGAGAAAUGAAACGACGUUUGUGCUGCUUCGGGAUAGAGUGAACGUCCACCACUUCGCUGGGCUGUCUGCAGCCAGCCCGGAGGCCCUGCAGAUCCGAGUGGAGUUCUCCCAGCCGGCCGCCAGGGCGUUCCCCGUCAUGUUGCUGGUGAGGUUCUCCGAGAAGCCGACUCCUGCCGACUUCCUGCUGAGGCAGCUGCACCUGUGGGAGGGGCUCACGGCGCACGUCUCCGUGCCAGCGGCUGCGCUGGAAGGCCACACCCAGGGGUACCUGUCCCUGUUGGAUGCGGACUACGACAGGGAAUCUCCCAACAGGUACUUGGCCGAGACCGUGAGCUACGUGGUGCGUUUCCAGGGGGUCCCCUGCCUGCUCUGGGACCCACGGCGGGAGCCUGAGAGUCUCCCCCCAUACAAACGUAUGGAUCGUCGCGAGAAAAAGAAAACGGGUUACAUUUUCCUGCAAGACAGUGCCCCGCCCAGUCACCAGCUGUACGCGGUUGUCGUGGACACAGGCUUCCGGGCUCCGGCCCGCUUCACCGCAAAGGUGCCUGGGCAUCCAGGAGACACGUGUGGGUGUGGACGACGCCCGGAAAACCUGCUCCCCAGUAUUUUUAUUGUGGCCAUUACAAUUCUUUAUGCCCUUUUGGUCACUAAAAGCAAACGUAUGGAUCGUCGCGAGAAAAAGAAAACGGGUUACAUUUUCCUGCAAGACAGUGCCCCGCCCAGUCACCAGCUGUACGCGGUUGUCGUGGACACAGGCUUCCGGGCUCCGGCCCGCUUCACCGCAAAGGUCUACAUCGUUUUAUGUGGUGAAGAUGGACUUUCAGAGCCCAGAGAGCUCUGCUGCCCAGAGAAGCCGCUGUUUGAACGGAACUCCAGACACACCUUCGUCCUCAGGUAUGGGACUCGCCCGCAGAGCCCUGGAAGCAGCGUGAGGCCUGGUGUGGCCGUCAGGCUGGCUCUCCAGCCGGACCAGUGGCUCCAUGGGGACAGGGUCAGUGUGUUCACAGUGUAUCUGAGGUUGACGGAUAGCACGCCCAUUCUGCGCGGGGGCCUUGGCUUCCGGAAGCUCCUGUUCUCCAGGUUCACGGAGCAGCUGGAGGACCUCCACGUGUGGGCCUCGGUGCACAGCCGGUGCGCCUGGGCCUGCCUGGCGGCCCUGGUCACCACCGCAGGACACGGGCAGCUCCCGCCAAGUGUUGGCCCGGCCGGCGUCCCCCUCGGGUCCUUCUGGAUGGGCUUCCUGUGCACCCUCCUGGCUUCUCCGGGGGCGCAGCUCUUGUCGCUGCUCUUCAGGCUCAGCCAGCGAAGCGCACCGGCCGUUCUCUGUCGGGGAGCCCAGGCCCAGAGCGCAGCCAGCGGCGAUGGGGCCGCCCAGCCGCCCCCUGAGCUGGAGGCCUGCGGGGCUGAGCUUGGCCAGUGGGCUCUGAGGGAGAAGAGAGACUGCAUUCUCGGUUUACAAGCCCCCAGCCAUGCGUUCGAAGGACACGUCACAACCCCGUGGCCAAGGGCGCCGCGGCCGUGGUUGCGCUCUGCAGCGUGGGCCAUUUGCGGGCUGGUCUCUGUGGCCUGUGGCGUGGGGACAGUGUUUCUAGGGUACAGGUUCGGCCCCACGCAGUGUGGGCAGUGGCUGUGCCUGCUGACCAUCUCCGUGACCUGCUGUGUCUUCAUCACCCAGCCCUUCAUGGUGGGCCUGGUGGCUCUGGGCUUCGCUUGGAAAAGGAGAGACGACGAGAGCUUCUUCACUGAGUCUUUACAGGAGGCCACCGACGGCCUGGGCACAGGCCUGGCGGGGGCCUCCUGCACCCACGCGCCCCACGCGCCCUGCUGCAGCCGUCCCCGCGGCCCAGGCGUGGUUGAGAGAAUCAGCUGCUCCCGACGUGCACAGCAUUGUCCUGGCCGCAUGGAUGACAAAGAGGAGAGAGAGGUGUGCCAGCCCCACGGGGAGUGCCUGUGGCCUGCGUGGGCCUUGUCUGGAUGUGACCGAGACUGUGUCGGGGCCCUGCCAGCGUGGCCAUGGCGACGGGACAGAGUCUUGGCUGAGCGACAGCGAGCUCGUCGCCUGCGCAGGGCGCGUCCACCGUCCACAGCGUGGCUCAGGGCCACACGGGAGAGGAUGCGGAGACAGACGCGCACCCGGGCAGUGCUGAGGGACACCUGCAUGUCCGUCCUCAUGCUGCUCCCACACCUGCUUAUAACCCACGCGACUUCCCACCGGGAUGAACACUCCCUCAACCACGCCAUCCGGAACACCUUCACCAGAGGUGCCAGGAGCUCCCCCAGCAGCCGCCUGAGCAGGGAUGCCUGGUGGGACUGGAGCCUGACCACACUGCUGGACGGCGUGUGCCCGGUCGGCGUGCCCGGCGCUCAGCCAGGAGCUCUCGGGGGAACAUGCUACCUCAUAGGCCCGGCAGUCCUUAAGCAAAUAAGACUUUCUCCUGGCCCUUCAUGUGAGCUUCCCAGACCGCUCUCCGUGCUCCCCGAAGACUCUCUACCUACGUGUCACCCCAAAGUUGGAGGCUCUGAAACCCCCUCUGUCACCAACGCAGAGACCCAAAGAGUGGCCCCAAGUGACUCCACAGCCUGCAGGGAGCACUGUGAGCUCAGCCUGGGCAGGACAAGGCCCGCAGCCCGCGCAGUGCUGACUGGCCUCAGGGCUCGCCGCUGGGUGGACCACCGCACCAGGGCCGUGUCCGUGCACUUCGUCCUCUACAACCCUCCCACCCGCCUCUUCUCCAGCGUGUCCCUGCGUGCUGAGCUGCUCCCGGCCAGGGGCCUCACCCUUUCCCCCCUCGUGGAGUCGGUCACCGUCUUCCACAGUGACUCAGCCCCCAGGUACCACCUGCUGCUUCCCCAGCUGGCCUUCCUGGCGCUCACCCUGACCCACCUGUGUCUCCAACUCUUCCGCCUGGCCGAGGAGGGCGUCCGUGGCUACUGGCAAAAACCCGGGGCCUGGCUGGAGCUGCCCCUCGCCGGGGCCGGCCUGGCCUGGUACGCAGCCUCCGGCCACUUGCUCUCUCUGGCCGGGGAGGUGACCGACCAGUUGCACAUGGGACUCCUGCGGGGCUUUGUGGACCUCAGUCCCAUGGCGUCAUGGAAUCAGAGGGCGAGGUGGCUCCAGGGAACCCUGUCGUUCCUCCUGACCCUGAAAUGCCUCCGUCUGCUCGGCUCUCACAGCGCAGUGGCGUCCUGCAUCUUCGCCACACGCCGCUCCCUCGCAGGCGUCCUCGCACCAGGGCUGGCGGGGGUCCUGGUGCUGGCCGCCCACGCCCACCUGCGUGGGAUUCCGCUCCUUACCGUGGCUCCUCCAUCGGGCACCUUCGCAGACGCCUCCCACCGUUUUCCAGGAAGCAGCCAAAGAGACACGUUCCCAGGCCUCUCCAAGGCGGAGGGGCGGGCCACGGCUGGGCGCUGCACAGCCCUCCUGGCAGCAGUGACCACUCUGUGGGUAGGAAUGGCAGAAUCUCACUGUGGCCGUGCAAGCUGCCCCUUGUCCUGUUACUUCGAUCUUCCCAUCUCCUGGAGUAUCUCCCAUCAGCCAGCUGUGCAGAACAUGUUCUCUGGACUCUACAUGUACACACACAUACACACACAUGUGCGCACACACAUGCCUGCACACACACAGCCUCUGCUCAGAGGUUCCCUCAUGGCUUUUGUUCCCAAACGAAAAUCUUUUCAAAGCCAAUCUCUUGUGAGACUUGGAGACGUGAUGGCCUACGUGUGGGGGGCGGCCUGCUCUGCGCUGGGGCUGGAGAGGCGGCCGCCGGAGGAGGCUGAGCCGGCCAUGAGCCACAACCCCUCCCUGGAUGAGUUUGCAGACCUGCUGGAUGAACUGCUGCUGAAGAUCGACAGUCUAAAAAACCCCGCCCGCCUCCCCGUCCCUCUCCCAGCGCAGCCGCCCCGGGACGCGCCGCAGGCUGGGGCCGGGGCAGAAGGCAGCCCCUCGCUGGGGGCAUCUGAUGACCAGGCUGCGGGGCCCUCAGGCAUCGAGAAACCGCUGCGGCCUGGGCUGUGCUGAGGUGCUUACAACACGGGUCUCCUUCACACACGAGGAACGCCAGGCCCCCAGAGGUGCCACUGGGCCAGCUCCCACGCGCAGUGAGAAGCCACGUGGAACCAGGUUUAUGUGUCAGACUUGUCCAUCCGGGUUGGAGGCGGGGUGGGACCCACCUCGGCUCUUUCCCGGGCUCCUCUGCCAGGCGCCUGGAGCUGCGAGUGGGAGACUCGUUUGCACGUCUGCCUAACUGACUCUCUCGGUAUCAAAGGCUAAAAUCUUAUUUUGCGGAAUUUCUAUUCUGUCUAUUGAGUCUGAUCGUGCAAGUUAUCUCAGAAAUCUAAUAAAUGCAACGAAACGGGCCAGGAUGGAAGUCAGAUCGUUAAAUAAGAUUUUGAAAUGAAGUCCUCGUUUU